AUGGUGGCCAUUAAAUGUCCAUCCAUUCCUGAGCUUCCUGGAGAACAGAGCGGUGCAACGCCCCUGGGGCCCCUCUCAGGGGCAUUGGAGAGAUUAAAGGCCCCUCCCAGAGGAGGCAGCAUCCCAGGCCAUUCCAGGGACGCCGGUGUCCAGGGGUCCUCACAGGGAAGGCGUAAGCAAGGGGCCGUCCAAGGGCGGCCAACACGCAGGGCCACUUUCAGGGCGGCAGCGAACAAUGGGGCCCGACCAGGGGCGGCAGUAACCUCCAGGGAUCCUCCCCAGCGAGGGCGGGCGACCCCAGGGGUCCUCACACAGGAAGACGGCACCCCAGCGUGCUCUCAGCGUGGCGCCUCUGGGACCUUCCAGGUUCCGCCAAUAGAGAACAGAGCAGGAGGCAGCGCCCCCAGGGGCCAUUCCAGGGACGUCAGGAAACCAGGGGUCCUCACAGGCGGUGCUGCAAGGGCCGUCCAAGGGGCGUACACAACACGCAGGGCCACUUUCAGGGGCGGCAGCGACUCACGGGGGCCUGACCAGGGCGGCAGUAACCUCCAGGAUCCUCCCAUGGUGGGGCGGCGACCCCUAGGGGUCUCACAGAAGAUCGCACCCCAGCGCUCUCAGGGGCGGGCGGUGCUCGACCUUUCCAGGUUCCGUGGUGACCAUAGUCCUCUCAGGUGCAACGCCCCCUGGGGGCCCUCUCAGGGCAUCGGAGAGCUUAAAGGGCCCCUCCCAGAGAGGAGGCAGCGUCCCCAGGGGCCGCUCCAGAGGCCUGCCGGUGAAACCAGGGUCUCACAGAAGGUGGAUCUCCCAGGAGACGCAAGUGGCGACCCCAGGGGUCCUCAAGAAGACAGCACCCCAGCGGCUCCUCUCAGGGGCGGCGGCGCUCUCUGGGACCUUCCCAGGUUCCGUGGUGACCAUAGUCCUCAGGUGCGGCUGUCGUCCCCAUACACCACCCAGGGCUACGGUGCUCAAACAACUGUCCCAGGGGCACUACAGGGAAGCGCGACAGACCCUCUCGCUUACCAUACUUCAGGUGAAAUGCCCCUGGGGCCCUCCUUCAGGGGCCGGAGAGACAAAGGCCUCCCAGAGGAGGCAGCGCCCCCAGGGGCCAUUCCAGGGACGUCAGAAACCAGGGGUCCCUCACAGAAGUACUGCAAGGGGCCGUCCAAGGGGCGGCCAUUAACACGCAGGCCCUUUCAGGGGCGGCAGCGAACAAUGGGGCCCCACUCAGGGGCGGCAGUAACCUCCAGGGAUCCUCCCAGCGAGCGGUGA